UGAAGGCUUCGAUAGCAUAUUAUUGGCCUUGAAAUGGAGAGGGGUAUAUCAGAUUUAUCAACUAAUUCCACUGGUCCUAAAUAUGUUACCUGCUGGCUUCGCAGUUUCCUGUAUCAUAUUCACAGGAUCGUAUGUCCCAUUCCGGUGUAAAGAGCUUAACCGUACAUCAGUUGAAGAAGGUCUUCCAGUAGGGUUAGAUGACGCGGGGUUAAACAUCACAUACCAUGAAUGUGGCAUCACCAUCACAACCAACAUGUCGGACCAUUUGGAAAGCAAGAGACUGGACUGCAUUGAGGGCUAUGAAUAUGAAGCGGCAAGAGAAUUGUCCCUUGUAUCCGAGUGGGACCUUGUUUGUGAAAAGGAAGGUCUUGGUGAUCUACUCGAAACCUUUUAUAUGAUUGGUCUGGGUAUAGGAUCAGUCGUUUUCCCAGUCAUAGCUGAUACGUAUGGGCGCAAGUACUCCAUGGUUAUGGCUGGGAUCCUAUCCAUCGUAGUUGGCACUGUCAUGCCAUUUGUUCCACAAUACGCUGCUUUCGCUGUCCUGGAGGUUCUACAGGGAGCAGCGCUGAUGGGUUGUGAAAUAGCCGCGUCAUCUCUCUGUCUGGAGCUUGUCCCAACAAAAAUGAGAUCGACCAUCUCUCUUAUGUUCCAUAUGGCCUGGUCAGUUUCAAUAGUGAUCUAUGCUGCAUUUGCCUACCUCGCGAGGAACAUGAGCUGGAGGAUGCAUCAGUUAGUUGUGGGCCUCACAUCGUCUUACUUUAUAUUUUUACCCUGGAUAUUGGAUGAAAGCUACAGGUGGCUUGCAGCAAACAAGAAAUACCACAUCAUAGAGCGCAACUUGAAGAAGGCUUGUCGUGUGAACCAUGUUGAUGAAAAUGUUAUCAUGGCUCUCUUCAGAGAGAAGGUGAUGUCGCCAAAUGAGGAACAUCACUCUCUCCUUGAUACACACUCCAACCGUGGCCUUGACAAGGGUGAAAACAACAGAAACGUUCAUGGUGAAGGAACAGAGGAGAAGCCAAUUCUGCAGAUCUUCAAGGAUAGACAGAUACUCAAGCUGUCCGCAGUCACGUGGUUUAUGUGGUUAACCAACAGCCUCACCUACUAUGGACUGUAUCUCAACUCAACAGAGUUCCACAGUGACAAAUACAUCGGCUUUGGUUUGAACUGUAUCACGGAUGUUUUGAGCGUUAUCACAUUUUGGCUCACAGUUGACCGAUUUGGAAGAAAACGUACCUGCCAGGUCUUUCAUCUGAUAGCAGGCGUAUCACUAAUAGCAUCGGUGCUAUUUGACAACUUCAAAGACACAGUUCCUUCCUUCAGUGCAGCGGUUACAGCGUUUGUCUUCAUAGGAAAAUAUGCAAUAUCGACGUCAUUUUCAGUUGUGUGGCUGUAUACCCCUGAAAUAUUUCCAACAAACAUCCGAAAUGUUGGGAUUGGCCUGGCAUCAAUGGCCGCUAAACUUGGUGGACUCUUUGCUCCAUUUUCACGAACGUUGUACCGCUACCAGCCGUGGGCACCUGGCACUGUGUUCGGCACAUUGUGUAUCGUGGUGGCUCUCAUCGUUCGCUUCCUACCGGAGACCAACAACCAGGAGCUGCCGCAGACCAUCCAUGAGAUGAAGAAGUGGAUCAGGCAACAAAGUGAAACUCCACGGGAAAACACCAUACCCGAAGAGUAAAGCACAAAUCUGUAUUUUCAGACACGAAAGAAAGAAAAAGUGAAAUAAAUAUCAGGAACUGAAUAUUUACCUUUCUGAUGUUUUGUUUCAGUCUAUAACAUCCACAUACAGCGACACGAACACAUCCCUAAAGUUUGACUUUGUUCACCCCUGCCACCUGGACAGUGGGAGGUCGGAGAUUUUAAUUACAUCUACUACGUGCAAGUGCAAAGAUACUUCUGCUUACAAUUAAAUAUGUUCGUUUUGCAACACAGUGGGGAAGGGUAUGAAGGCGGUUUCAUGUCUCGGCCCAAACACCAACAGCAUUAUUGAUAAAUAUUACUGAACAUUAUUGAUAAACAAAUGUAAACACGCAUGUCGCUAUAGCGUGUAGUAAACAGGAUUGUAUGUAGAAUUGUAAACGCGUAUGUCCUUAUAGCGUGAAGUAAACAGGAUUGUAUGUAGAAUUGUAAACGCGUAUGUCCUGAUGGCGUGUAGUAAACAGGAUUGUACGUAGAAUUGUAAACGCGAUUGUCCUUAUAGCGUGUAGUAAACAGGAUUGUAUGUAGAAUUGUAAACGUGCAUGUCCUUAUGGCGUGUA